ACUUCAGCUGGGAGUGAUAUUUCUGGGAAGGUAAAAUCCAAGAAGGGUUUUCAGAUGGAAAUGGACGAAGACGAUGAUGAUCACAUGUGUUUACACUGCAAUUUGACGAUACAUGGCCUAGAAAACUACCUGAUUCAUCGAAAAGAUUGCAAGAAGACAGCCAGAAACAGCACUUCUACUACAAGUCAGAAGCAUACAUUCACCACAUCUGAAAGUAUUGCUCAGACUUUAAGCAGUGCCGGCUUCUAUGUUGGUCAACCAUUUCCAUGCACGACAACAGAGUUUCAUGACUUAAAAGUUUCGAGAGACACUUUUCUCAAUAGUCACGAUGCUGUCAGCACAAGCUUUGGCAGCUCUGAUUUUCCAGACUUGUCCAAAAUAUUACCUACAGCUACACUUACAUGUAAUGUCCAAACUGACCUUUUGGCUUCUCAGAUAAACCUGUCUGUGUAUACAAACACGCCAAGUACUUGUACUGUUUCGCCCAACUUUGAUUACAGUCCAAUACUCUCUACAACAGCUCAAGAGACGAUCAAAGCUGUCAACGACAGCCCUGAAGGUGCUGAUCAAGACCAUGGUCUUUUAAGCACUGUCAUUGAUUUGCCAGCAAAGUUGGCCAAUGAAAGAAAUCCAGGGAAAUCUGGUCUCUCUCCAGUUUAUAAUGAUCAUAUGCCAUAUGGUUCAGAGCUCUGUCUUGGAAAAAAAGUAGAAAACAGUGAAAAAGAGGCUGUAGAUGACUUCUUUCAGUCUUUGGAGCUUAUGAGUAAAAGCGAAAGAAAAGUCGAAAAAGAUGGUAACAUUAACCAGCUACCAAUAACGAACAUUUUGAACAGCCUUACAUUCAGCAGUGAUGAAGAUACAAUUGGUUUCAGUUUUGGUGACGAUGUAUCGUUCGACAGCCUUACAGAUUCUGGGGACGAGACAAACCCUCCGAGGACAUACACAGGCGGGAAAUGGAAACCUGGAGAAAAACCUGCUGCCUACAGGAGAAAUAGAGCCUUUCAUGGGGGUAAAUGGCCACCAGGCAAAGGACCCCAUCAUGCAAAACAAGAGAGGAAGCAUGGACCGUCACACAGGGGCAAAAACAUCGCUCUGAUCAAAGGUCUAGAGAACAAGCCAAAGACUAGAGGGAGAAAACGACUGACGCUGAAGCCAAAGAAGAAGAACACUGCUACUACAACAAAUAAAAUCUACACUUGUAACUUCUGUGAGGAAACUUUUGAUAACAGAUUUAAGUAUUCUGGUCAUUGUGGUUCUGAAACACAUAAAGAAAAGGUUUUUGGUAACAAUUUGAACAAAAAUAAUGAAAAUGUUGGGAAGGUUUACAAGGGUAAACAUGAUGGUAUAAAUAGAAAUAUUGAUGAUAAACUUGAAGGUGGAUGUGGAGAUGUAAAUGAAAAACUUGAAGAUGCUGAAGAUAACUUUGAUCAAGACUCUGAAAAUGAAGAAGAAGAGGAAGAUGAAAUACAAGAAGAAGAUGAUGCAGAUACUGAUUCUUAUGAUGCUGAGAGUACAGAUAAACUAGAUCAUAUUGAACCUGAGACUGAAAAUGCUGAUGAGCAAGACAGGAUUGGUAAUGAAAUUGUAAAUCAAGAAGAGAUUGUAAAUCAAGAAGAGAUUGUUAAUCAAGAAGAAAUAAGGGCUAAAGAAAAGGAAAAAGAUCACUUGGCACUGAUUGAAGUCCAUGUUUGUUUGGUGUGUGAUAGGAAAUUUGCAAAUAAAUAUAUGGUGGCGAAGCACUUACUGUCAAGUUACCAUAGAAAUAGGUCACUUGCUGAACCUAAAGCCCAUUUUGAAAUGCUGGAAAAAUACAAUAAAUGUAUUGUCAGAUUCAAUCCAUAUCAGUGUGCAAUUUGUAGAUAUUAUUUCAACUGCUAUGAAGAUUUUCAAGAACAUUGUAAAAGUGAUGAACAUGUGAGUAAGUGUGAAGAGCUUACUGGUGAAAUUGUAUGUACUCUCUGUGGUAUUAAAACUCAUACUCAUGCCAUUAUGGAAUCUCAUAUGCAGUCAGCGGAUCAUUUAGAUGCUGUACGAAGGAAGAACAAGAUUUUGAUAUUGAAGGAGCAACAUUACAAGUCAAAAUGUAAAUACUGUGGUUUAGAAAUCAGGUCAUUUGAAAGACUUUCCAGGCAUAUUCAACUCAAACAUGCUGAUAAAAAACCUGUUGUUGGAGUGAUCAAGACCAGAUGGGGUGUGCGGAACAGGCCAUGGUGCCAGUAUUGUGAACGGCGAUUUUCGUGCCCGAGUGCUUUGAAUAGGCAUAUGAAGUGUACACAUGCGAAUGGGCCUAAACUCUACAGUUGCAAGAGAUGCUCCAAGUCAUAUCAUGACAAAUACAGUCUGUCAAGGCAUUUCAAAUCUGAAGAGCAUAAAAGUUACUUGAAACACAAGAGAUUGAAAAGACAUAGAUGUGAUCUUUGUGAUGAACAUUUUGAUAAUGCGCGAGAUUUUCAUUUGCACGAAAUAGCAAGUUUGAAACAUUAUAAGAACAAAGAGUGUAUUGAACAGUUGGCUGCUAAAGUCAAGAUUGAAGCAAGUAAAGUUAAGAAUGAAAACAAGCUAGUUUCAGCUGAGAAAUCACUUGGAGAGAAUACUGUUAUUUGUAACAAGGAGACUGGAAAUGUUGUUAAACAAGUAAGCGGUGAAAGUGAGAGUUUAGAAGAAGCAACGGAUAAACAAAGUAGUGAACUGAACAAGGAGAUAUCAACACAGAUAGAUGACAAAACUGAUGAAGAAUAUUUUGAUGAAGAGGCGUAUGUGCGUGAAAGAGAAACACAGACAAACAGAAAGCCAAAGCAGAAGAAGGCCGGUAAAUCUGAGAAAAUCUUCAAGUGUGAUCACUGUGACUUCACUGUCCCUGCGUAUAAUGACUUAAGACCACAUUACAUGGAAAAACACUCGAGUGAAAUCCAACUGUGCGAGCCUUGUGAUAUUAUUUUCCUGAGUGAAAAAGCUUUUAGGGUGCAUUGCAGUAGCAGAAGCCAUAAAACAUCACUGGGCUCAAGCUCGUUUGGAACAGGGUCAAAGUUUUAUGAGUGUGACAUUUGUAAGAAGAGUUUUCCAGAUGAAAACUACCGCGACUUUCAUAAUGCAUUUAUGCAUUUUCACCCAACUAGUGAAGUGGCUUUGGAAAAAAUAACUGGAAAAAACACGGUCACAUAUGAGAAGUUUAAAGAGUUUAUAGACCAUAUGGAUGCUACUAUACAUGAUAUGAGGGAAAAGAUCUCUUGCCCAGACUGUGGAGCAUGUGUUCAAAAGGUAGGAAUGAUCGCUCAUCUACGGAAACAUACUGGAGAAAUGCCGUUUAAGUGUAAGCUUUGUACAGGAAAAUCCUUCUUCUCUUCUAGCUCUCUGCGAAGACAUUUGCUUCAGCACUUCAACCUGACGUCCAACCAUUGCCAAAUAUGCGGGAAGGAAUAUAGGAAAAUCAGCAGUUUUAAGUUUCAUUUAGCUCUGCACAAUGCCACAGACAGGGGUGAAAAACAUGUCUGUGAUGUUUGUGGAAUGACUUUUCCUUUGCAGAAACAGCUGACGAGGCAUAAAGUCAGACACUCAGAGAAGUCAUUCAAGUGUGACUACCCUGGAUGUCAUUACAAGUUUUAUUUUCAAGGGGAGCUCAAUUCUCAUAAGCGGGUUCACUAUCAGGAGAAGACUUUCUUGUGUGAUCUUUGCGCAUUUAGUGCUUCUACCAGGCAGCUGCUUGCUAGGCACAAGAAAACGCACACAGGGGAGAGAAAGUUCCAUUGCGAGUAUUGUACGUACAAGGCAGGAAAUCAAACACAUCUGAAGCGGCACAUGAGAAUCCACAUCGGGGCUAAGCCUUUCCAGUGCCCUUACUGUAACUAUGCCUGCAAUACACAUGAGAACAUCAGGAAACAUAUUAUAGAAACCAAGAAACAUGAGGGAAAAAAAGUAUAUCCAUGUAAGUUCUGUGAUUUUGCGACAAAUGUCGCAAACGAUUUUCAUAAGCAUAUUGUUACGAAUCAUGAAAAGGAUGUUGGCGGAAACUUCAGUCAUAACUCGUUGGCGAAAUUUGCAGGACUUUACAAGAAAGAGCUUGAUCCAAACCAACCUGAAGAGGGAACACAGAUUAUUCAGAGUACAGAAAGAAAGGCCACUCGAAGGACAAGGCAAAACUCGGACGAUGACUCAGACAAUGAAGUUAAAGUGGUAAAGGCCAAAACUGAUGAAGAUUGGAACCCUGUUAAGAAAAAGAGAAAGUCAAAGAAAAGGAAAAUUGAACAUACUUUCAAGCCCGAAACAAGUAUGAUCAAACAAGGUUUAUCGUCUCCAAUAGAAGCUGAAUAUGCGUAUGAGGUAGAGUUGUCUACGUCUAGCAUGCCCCAGCCUUCUAAUCGUGCUUAUACUAUCCCUAAUUAUCAGCCAGUGCGCGUCCUAAGCAGAGAUGGGCUCGUGCAUAACCAAGAUGGGAAACAAGUGCAGUUGACGUAUUCAGGUAAAGGUGAAGGACCGCAAUACAGAAGAGACAGUAAAGGCAUGGUGUCCUUGCUUCCAGUUCACUUGACAUCACAUUAUAGGGCUCUUAACCAGUAAACCAGCAAGCUCAAUGAUGAAAUUGUCUGUUUGGUUUUGUUUUAAAGUGUGAUUACUGUAGUGUGAUGGCAUAUAGGCAUGUUAUAAUGAAAGUGAUCUUUCCCCACCUUUUUUUGUUUGAAUGAUCCUUCAGUAAUUUAAUUCGUGUUCUAAUAGGCAUCAUAUUCGGUUAAAUGUGCAAUAAACAUUUUGAUUUUAAUGCUAUCACUUGGACAAAUAGAUCAUGAUACCUUAUGUCAAGAUGCUGUGUACAUGUACUUCAUUUUUAAUGUGUUCUUAAAUGGUAUGUCAUUAUUGUUUUCACUUAAUAUGUUCAAUGAUAUAAAUAUAUUCAACCUUAUGAACUUGUAACAUGAUCAAACAAAUGCAAUAUUAGUAGCUUACGAAGAUGCAAAUCUAAUUUCAUGAUAUUAAACUUUUAGGUAAAGUUGAUUUUUGUUGCAACGUUGUUAACAACAUAGUUGUUGAUAUCUUUUGGUGAAAUAUGUUAUUGUGUAUUGUAUUGAUAUGCAGUCGAAACCCGUUGGUUCGAAUUCGCUUGGCUCGAAUUCCUCGUUGGCUCGUACUAGAUGUAAAUGACCGAUUUAUUUAUACUACAGGUAAACACUCCCGGUUGGCUAAAAAAAAUUCGAGGCUCGAGGUAUUUUUGCCGAUCCCUAGGACCUUCGGGGUUCAACUGUAUUUAAAUUGAAAAAAGCACAGCUGAAACAAUUCUUUAAGUAUUAAUAAGAAAUAUUGCAGAUAACAAGUGUGUGCAUGAAACUCACAGAGUUAUAAAGAUUUAAAAGUAAACAACGAUUCUGUUUACAACAUUGUUAACUUGAAAAAAGUUCUGAACAACGAUGAAUUGGCCCAUUGUUUUAGGAUUUAUAGUCUUCUUUUUUACAUGCAGAUAUACAUUUAGACUUUUUUCACUAUGCCAUUAAUAUACGUAUACAUUUAUUAGUGUUCAAGGACAUUUUAUGUUAUGUGUAUUGUCAAUGCAUACUGCUUUAUUUUAUGUCCUUAAAAUAAUUGGCUAUGUUUUUAUUUUAUUGAUCUCACUAUAGGUAAUAGAGAAUACUCUUAAAGAACUAGAUUUCCUAUUUAUACUCCAUACAUUCUCUAAGCUGCACUUUCAGAGAUAUACCGGUACCAUUUUUACAACUUUUUUAUUUUUUGUCUUGGAAUGAGCAAUUUUUUGUGUAAUUAUCUGACCAACGAUAAAAGAUUGCUGACAAAAGAUCAGAUUGCAGAUUUUCAUAUUUCGUUUGAAAAUUAAUGUUAUAUGGCUUAAACCAUUACUAACGGUUUAAGAAAAAUGCAUAAAACAUCGUUUUUUUACUUAAAUAUAAAAAUCUGCCAUUUAAUUUUUGUCAGCAUUUUAAUAUAACUGGUUUCCAUGGAUUUUCGCAAAAAAUAUAAAAAAGUUGUCAAUACGUUCAAUCUGUGAGAGUGCAGCUUUAAAGUCAAAAUCUUAAUGCUAUAGUACAGUUUUGGGCAGGUUUUAAAAAGGGUAUGGUGCUUAAGAAGCGGUACAGGGUGCUGCAGAAGCGGUACAGGGUGCUGAGGGACAAAAGGGGCACAUUGUAUUGGGCUGUGAAGAAUUUAUAAUAAAAAUUGACAAAAAAGGUUAGAAAUGUGUUAAAAUGUAGUAGUUUAAGGUUUCAACUGCCAAAUAUAUUCAGUCAAUUAUGUUUAACAUUUUCAUAUAAUGAGCUUUAAAACAAAAAGGUUUAUCCACCGCCUUCAAUUCUAAGAAGGCAGAAGGGUGUACAUGCUGGUCUCCAUGAGGGCAAAGGGGGGCUACCAAAAAAGGACAGGGUGUGCACCCUUCCCAAAGCUUACUUAGCUUAAAUCCUAGCUUUUGCCAUUUGCAAUGUUCUGCAUGUUUAGACAGUGUUUUUUCCAUCUUUUUGGGAAUGGGGCCAGAGCCUUUCUGAUUGGUAAAAAGUCUGUCAUUUUGACUAAAAUUGUGGAUUAAAUUUGCUUAGAAAUUAAAAUGAAUGCUGUAAAAAAAUGGACAGUAAAGCUAAAAAGAAUGUGAUAAAGAUCGUUUCUUUAUCAAUACACCAUUUGAUCUUUUAAAACAGAUAUCAAAACAGAAAUUGAGAAUUUCAAUUUUCAACUCUGGGACGGAAAGUAUGUUUAAGCAUUGGGAAUUUGGCCGUAGGCUGGUGCUCCAAAUUGGACAGAAAAAACACACUGUUAGGCAUCAUCAUUUAUUAUCACUAAGGCAUUGUUGGGAAAUAGCUUAUUUUGUUAUUUAUUGUUAUUUGUUGAUGUAAAUUGUUUUUCUUGUUUGUGAAAUGUAAACGAAAUGAUUUGUAAUGUCUACAUGUAUAUCAAAAUUGUUUAUACGUACAUCAAUUUUGCAAUAUUUUGGUACAUACUAUAUAUAGAUAUUUCUUAUAAUAGAAGUACACAACUUAUUGUCCUUAAUAUAAAUACCUACCUUCUAAAAACUUGCAUGUAAAAUGAACAAUUUUACUUCUGAUGCAUACAUGGAACAUUGAACAAAAAAACAACAAGAAAUAUUUUUUAAGUCCUUAUGACUAGAGAUUGUGUUUUGCUUGGAUAUUUUGCAUCAAAAAGAAUAGGAAGUACCUUGAAAUGAAUAUAAAUGAUGUUGGAAACAAUUUCAAAAGGGAUAUAAACCCCAUUACCCUGCCUUUAUGCAUGAAUCCCUCAUACUUAAACAGACCCAUGGCUAAUUUUCUGGAUUGACAAUUAAAACCCCUGCUAUGGAAUUAAAAAUGUUGAUGAAACUUG